CCUUGCCUUUGCCUAGGCACGACCAGAAACAGAGCCGACCAGCCAUGCCCCUUCUUCCUCAUCCUGGUCCUAAACCCCAUUCGUAACUAGCUAGGAGUAGUACGCGAAGAUGAAGCUGGCCGUGGAGGUCGCGGACGCGUCGGGCCUGUCCCCGAAGGACGGCACGGCCUCCUGCAACGCCUUCGUCGAGGUCGAGUUCGACGGCCAGAAGCAGCGCACCGCCACCCGGCCCGGCGACUGCUCCCCGCAAUGGAACCAGACGCUGCUCUUCGACGUCCGCCAGGACCCGGCCGACAUCCCCACCGUGGAGGUGUCCGUGCUCCACGACCGCCGCCUCACCGACCACAACGCCGUCCGCGCCAGCGUCUUCCUCGGCCGCGUCCGCCUCGCCGGGGACUCCGUGGCCCGGUCCCCCGACGAGGCCGUGCCGCAGCGCUACCCGCUGGAGAAGCGCGGGCUGUUCUCGCGCGUGUCCGGGGACAUCGCGCUCCGGCUGUACAUCCUCGACGAGCGCGGUGAUCGCGCCGCCCACGACGCCGCUGCUCCGAUGAACAAUCAAGAUCGCCAAAACCAGCACGAGCAGCGUGCCGAGCCCGCCGUAGCAAGCAUGGAUCCCGAGAGGAUCGCCAGGAACGUCUUCGCCGCCGUCCCAUCCGAGUCAAGCGGGCAGAACAACCACGAGCAGCAGUCGCGUGUCUUCCGCGCCGUGCCCUCCUCUUCGGCAGAGCCUCGCCGCGCCACGCUGCACGCCGUGGGUGCUCCGUCAAAAGGCGGCUCGGCGCCAGCCUCGGCUCCAGGCUCCGACUACGUCCUCGUGGAGACAAAGCCGCCGCUUCCGGCCAAGAUGGCGCGCUCCGCGGCGGCCAAGAUCGCCUCCACCUACGACAUGGUGGAGCCGAUGAAGUACCUCUACGUGUCCGUCGUCAAGGCCCGGGACCUGCCCACCAUGGACAUCUCCGGCGCGCUGGACCCCUACGUCGAAGUAAAGCUCGGCAACUUCAAGGGCGUGACGCGCCACAUGGAGAAGAACGCCAACCCGGUGUGGCGGCAGACGUUCGCCUUCUCCGGCGCGCACCUCCAGGCCAGCCAGAUCGAGAUCAUCGUCAAGGACAAGGACGUGGUCCGCGACGACUUCGUCGGCCGCGUCAUCUUCGACAUGUCCGACGUGCCCAGCAGGCUGCCGCCCGACUCGCCGCUCGCGCCGCAGUGGUACAGCCUCUCCGACGCCCACGGCAACAAGCUCCGCCACGGCAGCCACCACGGCUUCGGCGAGAUCAUGCUGGCAGUGUGGCUGGGCACGCAGGCCGACGAGGCGUUCCCGGAGGCGUGGCACUCGGACGCGCACUCGCUGUCGCUGGAAGGGCUGACAAACACGCGCGCCAAGGUGUACUACUCGCCCAAGCUCAUCUACCUCAAGGUUAACGUCAUCGCCGCGCAGGACCUGGUCCCCGCCGAGAAGGGCCGCCCGCUGGCGGCCACCAUCACCAAGAUUCAGAUGGGGAACCAGAUCCGGCGGACGAAGCCCCAAAGCGGGACGGCGAACCCGGCGUGGAACGAGGAGUUCUUGUUCGUCGCCUGCGAGCCGUUCGAGGACCCGCUGGUGGUGACGGUGGAGGAGAAGGAGCCCAUCGGCCGCUUGAUCAUACCGGUUAAUUCCCCCAACGUUCCGCGGAACGACCUUGCGAAAUCCAUCGCGUCGAAAUGGUUCAGCCUGUCGCGCGGGAUGACGGUGGAGGAGGCGGCGGCGGACGUGACCACCAGCCUCAAGAACAGGGAGUCCUCCAAGACGUUCGCCAGCAAGAUCCACCUCAAGAUGAGCCUGGAGACGGCGUACCACGUGCUGGACGAGUCCACGCACUACUGCAGCGACCUGCAGCCGGCGGCGAAGAAGCUGCGGAAGAGCGCCAUCGGCGUGCUGGAGGUCGGCAUCCUCAGCGCGCGCAGCCUCGGCGGCAACAAGAACGCCUACUGCGUGGCCAAGUACGGCGCCAAGUGGGUGCGCACGCGGACGCUGCUGGGCACGGCGGCGCCGGCGUGGAAUGAGCAGUACACGUGGGAGGUGUUCGACCUCAGCACCGUCUUCACCGUCGUCGUCUUCGACAACGCCAACCUCCACCACCACGGCGACGGUGGUGCCAAGGACUCGAGGAUCGGCAAGGUGCGCGUCCGGCUCGCCACGCUGGAGUCCGACCGCGUGUACACGCACUACUACCCGCUCAUGACGCUCAACCCGUCGGGGCUGAAGAAGACGGGGGAGCUGCACCUCGCCGUCCGGUUCACGUGCACGGCGUGGGCCAACAUGCUGGGGCAGUACGGCCGUCCGCUGCUGCCCAAGAUGCACUACUCGAACCCGAUCCCCGUGCUGCAGCUGGACUACCUCCGGUUCCAGGCGAUGAACAUGGUGGCGGCGCGCCUGGGCAGGGCGGAGCCGCCGCUGCGGAGGGAGGUGGUGGAGUACAUGCUGGACGUGGACUCGCACAUGUACAGCCUGCGGCGGAGCAAGGCCAACUUCAACCGGGUCACCUCGCUCUUCUCCGGCGCCCUCGCCGUGGGCAAGUGGUUCGACGGCAUCUGCAAGUGGAAGAACCCGCUGACGACCAUCCUGGUCCACGUCCUCUUUCUCAUACUAGUCUGCUACCCGGAGCUGAUCCUGCCGACGGUGUUCCUCUACAUGUUCAUGAUCGGGGUGUGGAACUACCGCCGCCGGCCGCGGAAGCCGCCGCACAUGGACACGGUGCUGUCGUACGCGGAGCUGGCCAGCCCGGACGAGUUCGACGAGGAGUUCGACACCUUCCCCACCACCAAGCCCGGGGACGUUGUCAGGAUGCGGUACGACCGCCUGCGCAGCGUCGCCGGCAGGGUGCAGACGGUGGUCGGAGACCUGGCCAUGCAGGGGGAGCGCGCCCAGUCGCUGCUCAGCUGGCGGGACCCCAGGGCCACGGCCAUCUUCGUCACGCUCUCCCUCGUCGUCGCCAUCGUGCUCUACGUCACGCCCUUCCAGGUGGUGGCCGUCAUGGCCGGGCUCUACCUGCUCCGCCACCCCAGGUUCAGGAGCAAGCAGCCGUCCGUGCCAUUCAACUUCUACAAGCGCCUACCCGCCAGGGGUGACAUGCUCCUGUGAUCUAGCUGAAAUAACUCUUCUCAUUCCUAUCUUUUUUUUUUGCAUAGUACCACGAUCGAGAAAUAAUUACAUGUCCAAUACAAAUAGAUACACUGCUCCAUGACACUAGUACAUACGAUC